UGUAAUCGAGCGAUCUGUUGGGGCUUGCUCUAACGAGAGCAAGAAUUUCUGUAUAAAAACCGAACUGCACGCUCCGGUAAGGCAUCAUAAUUAAUUCAAUCGUUCCAAGCGAACCACCGAAACAACCCGCAAAAAAACCCAACCAAAAACCAAUCAUGAAGUGCAUGGUAGCUGCAGUCAUCUUGGCCCUGGCCGUUGUUUCGGAAGCCGGUCUCCUGCCGUACGGUGGUUGGCCUUACGGUCAUCUGGCCGCCCCGACCGUGAUCCAGUCGAACGUGCUGGCCCAUCCGUACGGUGCGAUCUCGCACUCUGCCAUCCACGCCGCCCUGCCAGCGUACGCCCCGCAUGCCGCUCUGUGGGCGGCUCCUCAUGCUGCCAUCUUGGCCGCUCCCCAUGGUCCGGCUGCUUCGGUCGCUCACCAUGCCGGUGUUGUGCCGGGAGCCACCUCCGUCACUGCUACCCGAGGUGCGGUGCAUGUCGCGCCCCUGCCAGGACAUGCCGUCUCCCAGCAGCAGCUGAACCUUGCUCCGGCCCCAGGCACGAUCUAAGCCGUCCAUCUUCCUCUCCUAGUCAAACACGAUGGAAGCCACUGCCGGAAACGUCUCGUCUGUCUGUUUUGUCUAUCUAUCGUCUAUCAGUCGAAAUUGUGCUAUCCCACCCACCGUUCGAUUGGAAGCCCUUUCGGUGUGCCGAUGCAGAGCGGCGAGUCAUCGCGGAAUUUCCAACAAUAAAAAAACGAAAAAAUCAUUUCACAUUUUCUCAUAAA